GACGAAAAACAUCAUGUGUCUUCAUCACGGGAAAGUUGAAGUCACAAGAAUUUUGGGACUACUUAAACAAUUUACUUGCCGGUAAACGUUUUUGUUCCCACACCUGGAAAGAUGCAUCUUGUGCUGGUGUGUUUGCUGCUGGGGGUGCUGGAGGUUUCUGGGGCUCCAGAUGCAGAUGAGAUCAAAUAUCUUAGUGGACUUUCAAAACAGCCCAGCUUCAAGCAUUAUUCUGGAUACUUCAAUGUGGCAGAUAACAAACACCUUCACUACUGGUUUGUUGAGUCUCAGAAAGAUCCGGCCAAUAGUCCGGUUGUUCUGUGGCUAAACGGAGGACCAGGAUGUAGCUCCUUGGAUGGUUUGCUCACAGAACACGGACCUUUCCUGAUCCAAGAUGACGGCGCAACUCUAGAAUAUAAUCCUUAUGCUUGGAACAAGAUUGCAAAUGUCUUAUACCUGGAGUCACCAGCAGGUGUCGGCUUCUCCUACUCCGAUGACAAGAAGUACACUACCAAUGACACAGAGGUGGCCACAAACAACUACUUGGCCUUGAAAGAAUUUUUCAGGUUGUUUUCUGAGUUCAGUAAGAAUGAGUUUUUCUUGACUGGCGAGAGUUACGGAGGCAUUUACAUUCCAACGCUGGCUGAGAUCGUCAUGGAGGACAGCAGCAUAAAUUUACAGGGUAUUGCAGUUGGAAAUGGCUUGUCCAGUUAUGAACUAAAUGACAAUUCACUGGUCUAUUUUGCGUACUAUCAUGGACUUCUUGGGACCAGCUUGUGGAAUGACCUGCAGACUUUUUGCUGCAAAGAUGGAGUGUGUAACUUCUACGAUAACCAGGAUGUGAACUGCUCGACUUCUCUCUAUACAGCUCAAGCUAUAGUCUACAAUUCAGGACUCAACAUUUAUAACCUGUAUGCACCCUGUGCCGGAGGUGUUCAGCAGAGAGUCAGCAUUGAAAACGGCCAGUUUGUGAUCCGAGACAUGGGCCACCACUUCCUCAACCAUCCAUGGUCCAAAGCACAGAACGAGAAAUUGCGAGGUGUGGUCUCCCUGUUCAAAUCUUCGAGGCUGGAUCCUCCGUGUACCAACUCUACUCCAUCCACCCUGUAUCUCAACAACCCGCAGGUGAAGUCUGCUCUCCACAUCUCGCCCAAUGCUUUGGACUGGGUCAUCUGUAGUGCUGAAGUCAAUCUGAACUAUAACCGGCUGUUCAAGGAUGUGAAGAAACAGUACCUGAAGCUGCUUGGAGCACUAAAAUACCGUGUGUUGGUAUAUAAUGGAGAUGUGGACAUGGCCUGCAACUUCCUAGGAGACGAAUGGUUUGUGGAGUCGCUCCAGCAAGAGGUGCAGGUGCAGCGCUGACCUUGGAUUUAUUUCAAUGGUGAAACUCAGCAGAUCGGCGGCUUUGUAAAGGAAUUCACCCACAUCGCUUUCCUCACAGUGAAGGGUUCGGGUCACAUGGUUCCCACUGACAAACCCAUAGCGGCCUUCACAAUGUUCAGUCGCUUCAUCACCAAACAACCUUACUAGAAC